AUGGUUCCGCCCCGCCAAGUUGCUAGGGCCUUGCCUUGCCCUGACUGGGAAGAGAAGAGUGAGCCGCGCUAUGAUGCUGCGACGCCCGAAACAUUUGAUAUAGAUGGACUGCUGGCUCUAGGACCAAAGAUUCCCGGUACCAGAUGUCCAACCUGCGCCUUGGCUGGAAAAGAAGUUUGGGUGAUCCCAGGCCGCUGCUGUGGCUACUGCGGGACCCCCUGCGACGCGGAUGUGCUUAUUCAGUAA